CUGCUGUUUGAAGGCCUCUCUCUGCACCAGGGUUCCCUGAGGAGCCCCAUUGGUGCCUUCAAGGACUCCCCUUCAAAUCCCAUUAAUAAGAGAGGGCGAAGCUGCAGAAACAAUAGAGGGAAGAGUGGCACAAGGCAAAUUUGAUUAAUCAUGUUGAAGAGCUUGAUUAACGUCAAGCUCUUCAGCUUGCUGCUCUUCUCUCUAUCUGUACUGGCACAAGGAUCCAAGAACGGAGUCACCUAUGAUGGAAGGUCUCUCAUCAUCAAUGGCCGGCGGAUGCUUCUCUUCUCGGGAUCCAUUCAUUACCCCCGAAGUACUCCCGACAUGUGGCCUGAUUUGAUCCAAAAAGCUAAACAUGGAGGAAUCAAUGUGAUCCAAACUUAUGUGUUCUGGAACCUUCAUGAGCCUGUUGAAGGCAAGUAUGUAUUUGAAGAAAGAUAUGAUGUGGUCAAGUUCAUCAAGAUAGUCCAAGAGCAUGGGCUGUAUGUUACCCUCAGAAUUGGACCCUUCAUUGAGGCCGAAUGGAACUUUGGAGGAUUUCCAUACUGGCUGAGAGAGGUGAAGAACAUCACAUUCAGAUCCAACAAUGAGCCUUUCAAGUAUCACAUGGAGAGAUUCUCAAGGAUGAUCGUAAAGAAGAUGAAGAAAGAGAAGUUGUUUGCUUCUCAAGGAGGACCCAUAAUUCUCUCCCAGAUUGAGAAUGAAUACAACUCCAUUCAGGAGGCUUAUCACCAGAAUGGAGUCGAGUACGUCCAAUGGGCAGGGAAAAUGGCUGUUGGUCUCGACACUGGAGUGCCUUGGAUCAUGUGCAAGCAACGGGAUGCACCUGAUCCAAUUAUUAACUCAUGCAACGGGAGGAACUGUGGGGACACAUUCGAUGGACCUAAUUCACCAGACAAGCCGGCACUGUGGACAGAGAACUGGACAGCUCAGUAUCGAGUCUUCGGUGACCCUCCCUCACAAAGAUCAGCUGAAGAUCUUGCAUUUUCUGUGGCUCGCUUUUUCUCCAAAAAUGGCUCGCACGUCAACUAUUACAUGUAUCAUGGUGGCACAAACUUUGGGAGGACAGCUUCUGCGUUUGCAAUGACACGUUACUAUGAUGAGGCACCCCUAGAUGAAUAUGGUUUGUUUAAGGAACCAAAAUGGGGUCACAUCAGGGACCUUCAUUCUGCACUCAGACUGUGCAGAAAGGCUCUACUGUGGGGAAUUCCGUCUGUUUCUUCUCUGGGUGACGACCUUGAGGCACGUGUCUACCAAAUUCCAGGCAGUAAAAUCUGUUCUGCUUUUCUUACAAAUAAUCGCUCAAGGGAGGAAGUGAACGUCCACUUCAGGCAUCGCAAGUACUUUCUGCCACCCCAUUCAAUCAGCAUCCUCCCAGAUUGCAAGACCGUUGUCUUCAAUACUGCAAAGGUGAAUGCUCAGCACAAUGCAAGGAGUUAUGAAGUAUCGAACUCGGCAAAUAAAGGUACACAGUGGGAAAAGUACCAGGAGGAAACUCCAAAACCAGAGGAAGUUGAUACCAAAUCAAACCAUUUCCUGGAACACAUGAACAUGACAAAGGAUACAACAGAUUAUGUAUGGCACACCAUCUAUUUUGAUGUAGGAUACAACGACUUGCCUACAAGGGGCGACAUCCGACCCGUCCUCCAGAUUUCCUGUCUUGGCCAUGCCUUGCAUGCAUUUGUCAAUGAUGUGUACAUAGGAAGUGGUCAUGGUACAAAAAUAGACAAAAGCUUUUCAUUUGCUGAACCGGCACCUUUGGUGAGUGGGAGGAACAAGAUAUCUAUACUCGUCAUGACAGUUGGUCUUCCAGACAAUGGUGCAUACUUAGAGCACAGAGUUGCUGGCCUACAUACUGUAAUAAUUCAAGGUCUGAACUCCGGAGCCCAUGAUCUUUCCCAAGAAACCUGGGGCUAUGAGGUUGGUAUGAAAGGAGAAAAACUUAAGAUAUACAGCUCCAAGGGAUUAAAAAAUGUUCAAUGGUCUGAUGCCAAGCAUUCCAUCAACCAUCCAAUCACAUGGUACAAGAAAGUUUUUGAUGCACCCAGUGGAAAAGAGCCUGUUGCUUUGGAUCUCUCGAGUAUGGGCAAAGGUCAAGUCUGGAUCAACGGCGAGAGUAUUGGUCGUUACUGGGUAUCCUACCUGACUCCACUUGGCGAUCCUUCUCAAUCCAUGUACCACGUCCCCAGAGCAUUCUUGAAGCCAAAAGACAAUGUUAUGGUUGUUUUUGAGGAAACAGGAGGCAACCCAUAUCUCAUAACUGUGAGGAAAGUUUCCAGAGAUACAAUCUGCAGUUACAUUACUGAAGCACAUCCUCCUUCUGUCAGUUCAUGGGAGAGGAAGGAAGCAAAGAUCCAGGCCAAAGAGUCUGAAGACUUGCAGGCGGAGGCCAGCCUGAAAUGUUAUAACCACAAAGUUAUCCACUCCAUCGAGUUUGCAAGCUUCGGAAAUCCUCAGGGUAUCUGUGGGAACUUCACAAUGGGUACCUGCAAUUCUCCCUCAGCAAGAACUAUAGUUGAGAAGGCAUGCUUGGGGAAGACAUCAUGCGUUAUCCCAAUAUCACCGAGCAGCUUUGGCGGUGAUCCAUGCCCAGGAGACGCCAAGACCCUAGCAGUUCAGGCCAGAUGCGGACCAAAAAUCCACGACGCAUAAAUAGUAAAUUCUACUCAGCUUCUGAUGAGAGAGAGAGGAAAAGAAACAGAGUAUUCACCGGCCAUGCGCGUCAUCAAUAACUCUUUCAGCCUUCCAUUCUUCCAGUCCACCUCGUUAAGAAUUAUGAUUGAUGUAAGCAAAGUUUUAUUUGAAGCCCAGUGAGAGAGCGACAGAGAGACAGACAUUGAACUGUUUGAACACUUUCCUUUAUGUUCUCUCUUUCCCCCGAACAGCAUAAGGGUACAUGUUAAGUUCAAUGAGCAUUAUAUCAUUUUAUUA